CCACUGCCCCGCAGACAGCAGGCCCGUUUCCUGCCCUUCCCUCUCGGUGGAUGUAAACAGAUUACUUUGCUGGAUCUGUAUGUCCGAACUCUUAUUCCUUCCUUUAUAACAGAACCGCGCUAACAAUGAAGAAGUUUUUCGAAGAUAUAAAGAAGGAUAUUAAAUUUAAAUCAGCGGGACCAGGGAAGAAACUUACAGAGGAAAGCAGCGGAAGGCCUCCAGUAGCUCAGAGCAGUAACCAGGUGAAGCCUCGUGCUGGACCCAAUGAAAGCGCUCAGAGAGCCGGAGCUGCAGCACUGGCUCGAGUGGAGCAGCAGCACCGGCCGCGCAUGCAAACCUCACAGGAUGCCAUCAGGAACCAGGUGAGGAAGGAACUUGAGGCAGAGGCUGCAGCCACAGCAGCAGGACCAAAAAGUGUGGAGGCUGAGGUUCCAGUGAAAGACCCUGCAUGUUUCUCUGUAUCCGGGGUGUACUUUAUCUGCCCCUUAACUGGGGAAACCUUAACGAAAAGCGAGAGGGAGAUGCACAUUAAGGAGGCUAUUCUCCUGAGAUUCUCUGAGGAUCCACUCGAGGCUUCUGUUAUGAUGGUCCACACUUUUAAUAAGGACAGGGAAAAAGUAAAGGCUGCAGUGGAUAUCAUCAGCAAAUACAUUGACAACAUCUGUAAAAAUCCAACAGAAGAAAAAUUCAGGAAGAUAAAAGUCAGCAACAAAGUGUUUCAGGAGAAGGUGAGUGGGAUCGAGGGGAGUCGAGAGUAUUUGCAGGCUCUUGGAUUUGAGAGUGCCAUGCUACCAGUAGAUGGUCAAGAAGAGACAGAGGAGUUCCUGGUUCUGCCGGAGCUGGACACAGAGUCACUGGAGAAAAUAAAGGAGAAGAAGGAGCAGCUGCAGAACGGGGAGCCUGUCCGAGCCCAGCUGGACCGCCAGCCUCAAGCCUUCAGACCUACACAAAAUGCUACACGCUUUGAGCUGCCUCCAGACUUCUACAACCUGAGUGCAGAAGAAUUGAAAAGAGAGCAGCAGGCCAAGAGCGAUAUAGUGGAGAGAAAUUCCAUGCUCCGGACAAAAGCCAUGCGGGAAAAGGAUGAGCAAAGGGAGAGACGGAAGUACAACUACGCGCUCCUGAGAAUACGGUUACCAGACGGGAAUAUACUGCAAGGGACUUUCCUGGCCUGGGAGAGAGUGGCAGCACUGUAUCAGUUUGUGAGAGAUUGGUUGGAAAAUGGCUGGCAGCCCUUUGAGCUGUUGGCACCUGGUGGCCAGAAACUGAAGGAAGACGAGGACGUGGCACUGAAUGAAUGUAACCUUGCCCCUGCAGCUCUCCUGACAUUCUCUUGGGAUGCUGCAGUCCAGGCAGACAUUGCUGCAGCCGGAGGAAAGAGCACUUCGGUUCUGAAGCCAGAACUGCUAGCGAACAUACAGACCCUGAGCUGAACCCUGGCUUUAAUUCAUAUUCUGCUGUCCCUGCCUGUGCCUCCUGUUUCCACUCCUCUGUUAACAGCCCUCUUUCCCUGCUGGAGUCCACACAACCCUGAAUUCAGAUAAAUAGGCUCAGAGCAUUACUGCAAGUGCUGGUAGGGAGUUGCAGGAUGAGAAGUGUGGGAGAAUGCAGUGGUAUUGCUUCAUCAAGUGAUUCAGCAGCUUCAGCAAUGGCUGCUUUGGAUAGGGACGUCUGCACUUUCACAUCUGAGCAAAGGCAUUGUAACAUCAUUUGCCUCAUUCAAGAAGGAUAUUUUUGUGAUUAAAUGUUCAGUGUAUUGAUUGUAUGCUGAACAAUGAGGUGAUUUUUACUGCGUGGUGAUGCUGCUGUUAAACCAGUCCGUCUCUAAACCUGUGUUCUAUUGAAGAGUUGGUAUUUUUAAACAGAUCCGUUAGAUGUGGAACAGAUUUAAAAGCACUUUGAGAGAAUUGUUGGUUAUGCCGUGUUAAAACUAAUCCGCUUCGCAAAAUAUUGGUGGCAAUGUUCGUAAUAAAAUGUGGAAAAAUUGAUUUGUUCAUUUCAGAGCUAACAUGUUCACCCAGUACAGUCAUUUCAGUUAUUUUCUUAUUUAUUUUGUAUUUAAUAGCUUUAAAAAAAGAAAAGAAAAACACUAUUAAACAGGAUUGCAUAUUACAUACUGCAGAAACCAGGAUAACAACAAGCUACCUCAUCACAAACCAGUAAAUUGUCCUGACAUUUCAUAAGAACACCAGAAUGCGGUUAUGAAAUUUACUUGUCCAAGUAGUGCAGUAUGUGUCUUGUCAAAGAUUCCCAGCAUCAUUAGGGAACAGCAACGAAUCUGUUUUAAGAUGUAUUAGUUGAAUGUUUAACUAAAUUCAAAUGCACAGCACAAGAAAAAAACAUCUUAAUAUUUGUCUACAGUAGCACUGUUUUGUUGCUUUGACUGAAUAUAUAAUAAAAAGUGCAUCAGA